GGAGUGAAGGAGGUGACACUGCUGGGUCAGAAUGUGAACAGCUACAGGGACACAUCAGAGGAACAGUUCUGUGGCUCGGAGCAGACCAAGCUCAGCCGUGGCUUUAACACCAUCUACCGGACCAAACAGGGGGGUCUGCGCUUCUCUGACCUGCUGGACCGAGUGUCACGUGUUGAUCUGGACAUGAGGAUCAGAUUCACUUCUCCUCAUCCAAAAGAUUUCCCUGAUGAGGUUUUACAUCUGAUUGCAGAGCGGAGGAACAUUUGUCAGCACAUCCACCUUCCAGCUCAAAGUGGGAGCAGCAAAGUCCUCCAAGCCAUGCGCCGUGGUUACACCAGGGAGACCUACCUUGAUCUUGUUAGGAACAUCAGACGAAUCAUCCCAG